GGGAAAAGAGCUGGAGGGAAAAAAAGGAAAAAAAACGAAGAAAAAAAGGCAAAUCUGAGGGCUUUGAGGGGCGGAUUUGGACAAAGUUUCCCAACUGUCCCGACCCGAAGAAGCUCCGGGGGGGUUGAAGGGGAGUCCAGUUCACCGCGAGAUGAGCAGAGAGUGAGGAAUGGAGGCGUAGGGAGCGAGGAUGUUUAAAUAAUGGACGAUUCCCAUUUCAACUCAUCAUACUUUUGGUCUCCCGUCCCCACUGUACAAGGACAGAUCGAGAACGCCAUGUUCCUCAACAAGGCUAAAGAGCAGCUGGGUCCAGAGAAGGCCAAUGCGCCCCCCUUCCCUCACUCCUCUGCAUCUUCCACCUCCUCCCCCCACUAUCCUACAGCUGUGCUCGCAAUCCCGAGCUCAGUGGAUGGAGGGGCUGGAGUGCGGGUGGUCCCCAAACAAGAAGGAGGUGGGGGUACUGCAGGAGGUGGAGGAAACAGCGGCAGCUCCUUGAGUGUAGUCGGGGGACACCUCCACCAGUCGCACACCUCGCAGAACGUCACCGUUGUGCCUGUUCCCUCCACCGGUAUCAUGACUGCAGCGGGAUUAGUGAUCACCACCCCACAAGGCACGCUGGUCCCCACUGCCUCCACACAGUCAUUUGUUGCUGGACACCCCACUGCUACCACCAUGAUAGUGUCAGCAGUGCAUCCCUCGAGUACAGAUAAGAAAAAUGAUGUUCCUCCUGGUGUUGUCAUGCCAACACCAUCGAAGCGAGGCAGGAAGAGCAAACAGGUGAUGGGCCGAGUGGGUGGAGUCCUCCCCACAGGAAGCGACGCAUUAAUAUUGGCGCACCUUGCAGCUGGUGGACCGCACCACACAGCUGACCCAUAUGAUCUAUCUAACGAUGAGGAAGAUCAUACCAGCAAAGAUGGCCCCAAAUCCUACAGGUGUCGGAUGUGUGCAGUGACCUUCUUCAGCAAGUCGGACAUGCAGAUCCAUGCCAAGUCCCACACUGAGGCCAAGCCCCACAAGUGCCCCCACUGCUCCAAGUCGUUUGCCAACUCCAGCUACCUGUCCCAGCACAUCCGCAUCCACAGCGGGGCGAAGCCCUACACCUGCACCUACUGCCAGAAAACAUUCAGGCAGCUCAGUCACCUGCAGCAGCACACACGAAACCACACUGAGGCCAAGCCCCACAAGUGCCCCCACUGCUCCAAGUCGUUUGCCAACUCCAGCUACCUGUCCCAGCACAUCCGCAUCCACACCGGGGCCAAGCCCUACACCUGCUCCUACUGCCAGAAAACAUUCAGGCAGCUCAGUCACCUACAGCAGCACACACGGUACUGGGCCGGGCCGGGCUGGGCUGGGUUUGGAUUGAUCAGAAUUCACACCGGUGACCGGCCGUACAAGUGUAACCAUCCUGGUUGUGAAAAAGCUUUCACUCAGUUAUCAAAUUUACAGUCUCACCGUCGGCAGCACAACAAAGACAAGCCAUACAAGUGCCACAACUGUAACCGUGGUUACACAGAUGCCGCCAGCCUGGAGGUGCAUCUGUCCACGCAUACCGUCAAACACGCCAAGCUGUUCUCCUGCGGGCUCUGCAACAGAUCCUACACCUCGGAAACGUACCUGAUGAAACACAUGAGGAAGCACAAUCCUGACCCGCUAACAGUGGCAGCCACCGUAGCUGCCCAGCAGGCCCAGGGCCUGACGCCAGGCGGAGGGGGGGGGCGGGGCCGAGGCCGUGGCCGGGGGAGAGGAGGCGGCAGAGCGAGCCAGCUCCAAAGCCAGACCAACCCCAACAACACCAACCAGAAUCCUAACUCUGGACCAGGCGGCUACCAGCAGGCCCAGCAACCCUCAGAAGCUGUGGUCCCGUGCCCGUUUGAUCUGCACCAGUACAAGACAGUGGCAGCCAAUGAGAUCCAGUACAAACCGGUCACUGUGGCAGACCUGCCCGUGACCCAUAAAGACCUCUGCCUAACCGUUUCCACAUCGGCCAUUCAGGUGGAGCACAUGAACUCGUAGGAUGCAUCCUCCCGCUCUGCUUGUGGGGUUUCUAAUCAUGUCUGCAGUGUAAAAAGGUCCACAUGAACAAGUAAUUUCACAGUCUCCAGAAAGCAAGAAAAAUGGCUGAGUUUGGAGCACGCCCAUUAGCCAGAUACAAGUCACCUGGUUUAGUGACACUCUGCAGAGGUAAAUCGGUUUUUAUUCACUCAAAACGGUUCAUUUUGAAAGGGAUGAAAAGGUGUUGCAAUACAAUCAUGAGACAGAAAAACCCAGUUAGAAUAUUCAAUGCAAUGUUUAAUGACUUAUAAGUCAGAGAUAUUUUACAAUGGAUCCUCCUGCUGUGCGCUUCUCAGGGGGGAAGCUGGUUCAGGCUAAAGAAAAGACGCUAACCUGUUUUAAGUGGUUGGGGUGGUGUGUUCAGAGCUUUUUGAUGCAGCUUUAUGUAGUUUAUUCCUCAGCUGGGGGCCACAUUCUUCUUAAAAACCAGAAGAAUAUUUUUAAUGAGAUGAUAGUUUGAUUCAAACCUGGACAUGUCAUCUUUUACUCACCCCCGAGUGUGUAAAAGCCAUCACCGUCUUUGUUUGGUGAAACUUUCAGCACCCUUAUCCUAAACCAGGAGCCCCGCUCUGAGGGACGACUGGAGGAUGAAAGUGUAAAAUAUCUGAAAUGUAAAAUCCCUCUGCUCUGUGCAUUUCUGGUCCAGAGAGCUGGAUGAAAUCACUGUUAACGGUUUCCAAUGUUUAGUUAAAGCCUGAACAAGGAAGACAAGGAAUUGUUGCUGAACAACUGUAGGGAUUCGUAAAAGCAACUGAAAUGACAGAGUACUUGUGUUGGAAAGAGCAGCCACGAUGGAUGAGGCAAAGAUGUUUCAGUGGCAUCUGAGCAGCGCCAUGAAGGACGGCCUGAGAAGGAAGACGCGGCACAUUUACGGCUAAACUCACAAAUCCUGAUCUUUUCAUCACAUCUCAUUUUACCGAUUACCUCCAUCCUCACCCUGAGGAACGAGGGGCCGAGGAAGCAUUUCUCUGUCAGAGCCCAAAGUACUGAACCCAGGAGGCUGAGAGGUUCAAGAAUGUACUAAACCUGAGGAGUCGGCAGCAGAGCGGAAAAGACAGGAGAGGUCACAAAGAAAGAAAGCACUUGAUGAAGCUUGUUCUUCAUGCCUAUGUUUGUCAUCGUUAGUCUUUUUUUUAUAUAUAUAUAUAU